UGCCGCCGCCGCCGCCAUAAGCAUGUUGGGCCACAUUUCACUUUCUUUUGUUACUGUUCCUCCUCAUCCUCGCGCUGCCACCUGCUGAAUUCACCGUGGUAAUCUUGCGUUUGCAUUACAUCUGAACACCGCCUAAGCCCACUUGAUCCUUGCCCGCCCAUUGCUUCGCCUAUCGCGCUGCUCGUUCCUACGAAUUAUUCUGCUCUGCUUUUGAGACGCCUCUGGUCUUGGGGGCUGUAUACAGACGACCUUGACGCAUUGUCGUUACCCACACAGAUCUGCUUCUUUCUCGACGGGAUCACCAUCAUGCUGUCGAGCCUGACGACCAAGAUCGCCCUCAAGAAGGUCGGGCUGAACAGUAAGAGCUUCGACUUCAGCGGGGGCUCUUCAGACACCAAGGGCAAGAGCGGCCCGGGCAAUGACGACACCGUGGACGACCGCCAGGGUAGCUGGCCGGCGUGGAUGUCGAUGAAAUCUCUCCCCAUCACCGUGGCGCCGUGGUUCACCCCGCCGCCGCCGCCGGUGCCCGUCGCCGAGGUCCCGAAGAUCGGCGACCUGGCCCCCUUGGACCGCGACAGGAAACUCGAGUUCGGACGGGGCCGGCCCGUUCUCGUCGUCUUCCUCCGCUGCGUCGGCUGUGCCUUCGCCCAAAAGACCUUUCUUGCACUGCGGGCGCUGGCGAACAAGCACGCCAACAAGCUCACAUGCAUCGCCGUAUCGCACUCGUCGUCCGCCGCCACGCAGAAGUGGAUCGACAUGUUGGGCGGCGCGUGGAACGUCCAGAUCGUCAUCGACGAGGACCGCGCCAUCUACGCCGCCUGGGGCCUAGGGCUGGGGUCCGUAUGGUACGUAUUCAACCCGACGAGCCAGGUGCAGGGGUGGAAGGAGAAGGGAUGGCUUGGAGAGAAGGUCGCGGGCGCGAUCCAACGGACCGGGACGGGGGCCGCGUCGCCGAGUCCUGCACCUGUCCAGAGACGGGGGACAGGGAGCACCAACCAGAAGGGCAGCAUCACACCGGCGGGCGGCGCAGCGGCAGGGGAAGAGAUCGAGGGACCUAGCACGGUCUUGGGAAACAAGUGGCAGACGGCGGGCGCAUUCGCCGUCGAUGGGAGGGGGACGGUCGUUUGGGGCGGCAAGGCGUUACGGGCUGACGAUCCGAUGGACUUGGAGACCGGGGCCCAGAUCCUGGGCUUGUAGAUGCCGGCUGCCAUGUGAUGGAAAAUUGUCACACUUGAUCAUCUACGGGAACUGGGUUGGACAGAGUGGCGUUGGCGAAGCCUGGAUUCGGGAUCGGCACC